CCAUGGCUCCGGUGAGGGCACUGCGCCAAACUGCGCGAGUGGAGGUCGAGUGAUUACAGGGGUGUGAGGAUGUGAGACUUGAGACUUGAGAGUCACCGCCGAGUUUGCUCGUCUGAAAUGGAGUGCGGGUACCUACCUUGUGUAUUGGUGACUGAAAAUGAUUGGCCAAGUGUGCCUGUUUUACAAGACAAGUUGGGUGUUUCUCUACAUGCAAUAGUUCUUCAAGUAAAGAGAAAUUUUAUUCUUCAUAAAUCAAGAAGUCUCAGCUCAGGAUAUAUUUUGUCCAUCAGUGCUGCCAGCACCAGGAGACAUUCAAACUAUCACUGCCAAGUGUCAACUCACAGUAAGUCAAUAUGUGGAGCAGACUAAGACCGCUUCACCCCACUGUCUGCCAGCACCGCUCUCUGCUGGCCAAACUAUGCAGCACCAGCGCCCCCAGCGAGGCACCCGUGGCCAAGGCCGACCCGGCAAAGCCCACGUUCGGUCUCGUGUUCGACAUUGACGGCGUUAUCGCUCGCGGUAGAGAUGUGAUCCCCGCUGCGGUGCACGCGUUCCGCGAGCUGGUGGACUCGUCUGGUAACUUCCGCGUGCCGACCACGUUCGUCACGAACGCUAGUAACAACCUCAAGUACCACAAGGCGGAGCAGCUGUCGGAGUGGCUGGGCCUGCCCAUCUCGUCCGACCAGGUGGUGAUGGCUCACUCGCCACUCAAAUGGUUUACUCAGUACCACCACAAGCACGUUCUCGUCUCCGGGCAGGGCCCCGUCGAGGCGAUCGCGCUCAACCUGGGCUUCACCAACGUGUGCACGAUCGACUCGUUCCGCCGUCAGUUCCCGGCGCUGGACGUGGUGGAUCACUCGCGGCGCACCUGGAUGACGGUACCGUCCAACGCGAGCUUCCCGCCGAUCGAGGCCGUGGUGCUGCUGGGAGAGCCGGUGCGCUGGGAGACCUCCCUCCAGCUGCUGGUGGAUGUGCUCAUGUCGGACGGCCUGCCGCUGUACAGAGUCGACCAGCCACCGCUGCCCCACCUGCCCGUGCUGGCGUGCAACAUGGACCUGCAGUGGAUGGCCGGCGCGCCCAUGCCGCGCUUCGGUCACGGUGCGUUCCUCACCUGUCUGGAGGCGCUGUAUCGUAAGAUCACCGGCCACACCCUAACCUACUCGGCCCUGGUCGGAAAGCCGUGUGAGAUCACCUACCACUACGCCGUCAGCAAGGUAGAGGCGCAGGCGGAGAAGGCCGGCAACAGCAACCCCAUCCGCCACAUCUACUGCAUCGGCGACAACGUCAACGCCGACGUAUUCGGCGCCAAUCUCUACAACCAGUUCCUGGAGAAUCGGUUCACUCCGGAGCCGGUACCACAGCAGCGAAACUACAGCCUGCUCAACCGGGACGGAACGCUCAAGGAGCACCGCAGCCAUGCCGAGCGCUGCUACAGCGUGCUCGUCCAGACUGGCGUCCAUUUCGGUCCCGGCGGCGAGCGAAAGUGGGAGAGCGACCACUCGCCGCGAGACUUUCUGCCGGUGGACCAGCGUCUGCUCCAGCCCGACUUCGACUGCAGGGAUGUGCAUGACGCCAUCCAGCUCAUCUUCGAACAGGAAGGAUUCAGCACCAGUUGAUGAGGCCGAAGUUGCGGCGCCUUCCGCCGCUAGGGCAAACGUCUAGGACGCAUUAGAACGUCACGGAAAGAGAUGCGGUUAGGUCACAGUUCAAGCAAGGUGCUCGAGCAGAAGACAGCGAGCAGUUUUAUGCCCUGUAGGUCGUGGAAUAAAUCCUCAGGAGUGCGUAGAUUUGAAUAUGCUGAGAGCAUUUGCCACUUGCACCUGCCCGGUACCUGCUUUGGCAGGGGUAUUUUAAUCUAGAAAUGUCACUCGAAGCGCCGAUAGGACUGUUUGUAGUUUGUCCCUGCCAAUGCUCUCUAUCGCUUUGCGGGUUUAAUAGUCACAAGUGUUUGAUAAUAAUAUUGACCUGGAGUAGGUCAAGUGCGUUGCCUACCUGGCGAUUGCCCGAAUUAACAAUCUCCUAAGUGGAUCAUUCAUCAGCUUCGAUUGUCCACCUCCAAAAAAUGUGUGGAAUCUUAUAGGAAGUCUUAAAGCAACUAAUAUGACAAAUGAUAUUUUCUGGAUAAUCAUUCCACCAUUCGCUGAGGUCACUGUCAUGUGAAGCAUCGUUAUAUCUAGAAGUUGAGAACUCUCCAUCGUCAUAUUUAUUUAUUUAAAAUACAUUUGUCUCAAUUGA